GCGGUCUGGGGCGGGUGUGGCCUGUAGGUGGGAGGAUAGCCGUCCGGGGAGUACUGCGUACCGGCAUCCGCGUACUUGCGAGUCGCUGUCGUCUGGCGGGGAGAGUGUAAGGGGCGUGGCGAUCUUGCAAACGAGAGCACUGGCGACUGCUGCGAAUGCGCUGCGGUCGGGCCGCUGCUCACCUGCGGACGAGGAGGGGCACAGGUGCUGGAUGGACGUCGUCGCGCAGCAUGAUAGGGGCUCUUGCGCAGGUUUUGGAACGUGGCAACAGGCGAAGCUGGAGCGGAGGAGAGAUUAGGACUGGAACUGAGCAUACUAAACGCCUUCGUCGUCUGGGGCAGGUGGGAACGCUGCGAUGGCGCCUGCGAGGUGCGGUCAGGUCGCGCCUGCCGAGGCGGGAGCGAAGUGCGUCGCCCAGAACCACCGCCGUUGCUCAACGGCAAGUACAGCUAAGGCGAGGCUUCAUCGAGCAACUGAAGAGUGAAUGUGUAUGCGUCCGGAUAGUCCAGAGAGCGUCAGGAGCGCCGCUAGCCUCUAGGACGACUUGCACGUGGUGAAGGGCCGGCGGUGAUUGGGCGCGCGAGGGAGUGCGGUGCAUGCAACGCAACGGCUAUCCACUCGAGAGCCAGACGCUGCGA